AUAAUCUCUUGGGAAUUUCCUGGGUUGACAGCUCCUGGAUUCCAAUAUUAAACAAUGGGAGUGUCUUGGACUAUUUCUCAGAGCGAAGUAACCCAUUCUAUGACCGAACAUGUAACAAUGAAGUGGUCAAAAUGCAGCGGAUGACCUUGGACCAUUUGAACCAGAUGGUUGGAGUGGAGUACAUCCUUCUUCACGCUCAAGAGCCCAUUCUCUUCAUUAUCCGGAAGCAGCAAAGGCAAUCUCCAACACAAGGCUUUGAAUCUAGCUUUCAAAAGGACCAACUCCCAAGGGACCCUUCCAACCAGUCUCCUAAGAAGGUUGAAGUCUGCCCUCCGGAAGUCCAAGGCAGCAGUUCUGCUGACUCCUCUACCCACUGCUUCUGUGACCGAAAAUUCUAUUAUUUCAUGGUCACUAUGCCCAAGACAGCCUCCAACCUUGACACCGUCAAUGAGUCCUUCUCUGUUGAAUAUUUCAUCUACAUCUUCUUCCUGAGUGGGUGGUCUAUAGCAGACUCCAACUGUGAUGCCAGCCCUAUUGGCCUUCCCCCUUAUUUUGACCCACAAGCAUUCUACCCUUUCAUCACCAUUGCUGAUCUCCAGGCAUUCAAAACCCUCCCUAAC